AUGUUAGCCACCUUCACCGGAGACAUUCGCUUCCAGCCCAAUGGUUACAGUGAGAGCUUCUAUCACCUUCCGUCACUCUUGGGUUUGCUUGGCAUCGUCCUCGGUUUCGUGGGCCUCCUGGGCAUCUACGACGACAAGCCGAACUGGCUCCAGUGGCUGGUCUUUUACUUACUGGUGAAACUGGUGGCCCUGGCAGCCAGUGGCCUUGCGGACUUCUGGACGCUGCGCAAAUGUGACAGUUGGCUCACGUCUCCCGAGCGGAACACGUCUCCGAACGAGCAGCUCACGGAGCUGGCCGAGGCAGGCGUUUGUCCUUGGGCGCGGCUUGCCUAUGCUGUUGGCAGCUGCAUGGUUGUUGCGCCUCUUGGAUUCCGUACCUAUUUCACCUAUACCUACUGGCAGCAGUUGGAAUGCAACCCUGCUUACCCCAUCGACUUUGGGGCUGAACGCCAUGGUGCUCAGGGCCGCUGGGACCACUUUCAAGUGAAGGAUCCUCGACUUCCUGAACACGAAGAGGGUUUGCCGCUGCUGCCGCAGCAUUUGAUGCACGAGGACCAUGGACCGUCAGAUACUUCUCAUUUGCCCAAAUUAGCAAUGCUCGUUUGA